AUUCCGUGUUGUCGUGAGAGUUGUCGUCAAAUUCUUUAGACAAUGACUGGCACCUAUGUAACAGCACAGGAAAAAUUUACAAAGUUAAGAAGGAGACUUGAUCAACUAGGAUAUAAACAACCAUUAGGAUUGGACACUUUACCCUUAGUGGAACGUUUAUUUUAUGACCUUGUUUGGACAACGGAGAAUUUAAGAAAAGUUAGGAGCGAACUUUCUUCUCAGAUUCAAAUACGAUCUACAGUUGAAGAUUAUAUUGCUCCAUACAAAGCAGAAAAUGGGAAAUUAAUACGUGAAAACAAUGAGAUUAAUCAUCAUAUGAUGAUUCUUCGUCAAGAUUAUGAAGAAAAACUUCGAGGUUUAAAAGGAGAAUUCAGAAGAUUGGAAAAUGAGAUUGAGGACAUGAAAUAUUUCAAUUCUCAGUGUAUUGAUAAGAUUCAUAAUUAUGAGCGAGAAGCCAAACGAAUGGUUGAGCAAAUAUUAUAUUUACAAGAGAAAAAUUUUCAGGCUGUAGUUUAUACACCUG